UCUAAUAUAAGGAAGUACAUUCAACAUUUCUCUUUAAGAGGCAGCCAGUCUAGAGACUUACACGAAUACAAGAGACACGAUGGCCGAGUUAAAACAGAUUAAAAUGUCUUCACUUCUUAUUCUGCUGCUUCAGUUUACAGGGGCUGCAAUUGGACAGCGUGUCCUCUACCUCUCUGUCAGAGUUGGAGAUGAAGCCAAUCUGCCGUGUAACAAUGUGAUUCAGGAUCAGGAUGAAUGUGAUGGUACUACCUGGCUCUUCAGUGAUUCAAUAAGCUCAGUAAUGCUGGUUAGAGGUGGGCAGAUUGGUAACCAUGCUAAAUCAGACAGACUGAGAGUUACAGAGAAAUGUUCUCUGGGUAUAAAGAAGGUCACAGAGGAGGAUGCUGGUUAUUACACCUGCACACAGUACAACAAAGCAAAUCAACAACAAGGUUCAGACUCUGAUGUUUAUCUGUCUGUUGUUACCAUGACUGAGCAUCAGGACAAUGAUGAGGUGACGUUACGCUGCUCUGUGUCGAGACAUGCAGGGUGUAGACACAAAGUGAAGUGGCUGCUUCAGGGUCAAGAUGUGGAUGAAGAUAACAACGAUAUAAAAACAUCAGCGUCCUACUGCUCUGCUUCUGUGACAUUUCUGACUUCUCAUUUUAGUUACACACCAAGGUCUACGUUUUUUACUUGUGCAGUAAGAAAUGCUUACAACGUGCAGACCUUCAGGCCUCAGUCCUCAGAUGAGGACGAACAAGCAGCAACAACAACCACAACAGUUACAUCAAGUCACUCCAUCAACAACUCAGGUCUCUUGAGGCACAUCCUCGUGUCUGUGGGUUUAGCAGCUCUCAUAAUGAUUGUUGUGGCGGUCAGCAUAUGGACAAGAACUAAAGAGAAGCAAACACAGAUGGAUGAAAUCAAUGUGCGUUAUGAUGUAGAUGAUGGUACAGUGAACUAUGAAAACAUCAGACCUCCUGAUGGAGUUUGAGCAACACUUCUGCCUCCAUCAGACUCCACUGAUCAACAACGUCUACAUCUAUCAUCGUGUUUCACAUCAGGAGUGGAAGAUUAUAUAAUCAUUCUGAAUUACAUAUUAUUUCAUUUUAGUCUUGAUCUAAUAAACCACUGGAUGUCACUGUAAAGAGCUUUUAAUUCUUGUUUCCUUCCUUAUAUUGUCUUCCAGCUGAAGGUCUCAGAGCUGAUUUCAAGAUGUACUGAUUGCUAUUAGAGCUACAGCAGCUUGAGCUCAUUUUAAUAUCACUGUGUGCAGAAAGAUCAAUUUAAUCCACUUCAUUUAGCUUAGCUGUUAAAACAUGUGUUUUGAUGUCCAUGUGAUUGAAUGGGUUUUCAGCCUUAAUGUAGAAAGUAAGUUUUCUCUUUGUUAUUCCUGAUACAACAAUAUAAUCUGCAAAUAAUAAAUGUUAACUUAAUUCUA